AGUAAGGUAUUGAGGCUGACUUGGCCUUCGUCAACCAAAAUAGCUGCCGGUGGUCCAGACGACGCCGACGACACUAUGGCCGUGUUUGGGCUGCAGUUGGUGGUGACGAUGGUGAUGGCCAGUGUACUGUCUCGCAUCACACCACAUUACUCAUUGGCUCGAUGGCUGCUCUGCAGCACAGGAUUGGUGUACUACCUACACCCUACUGACGAAGAGCUGCGAAGCCUGGCAGGCGUUCCAAAAGAUAAAGGGAAAAAGGGAAAGGGAGGAGGGAAAGGAAGCAAUAAAAGUGGGACGGCAGCAGAAGAUGAUGGGACAUUUACUGUGCCUCGAAGUCUGGACCUGUCUCUGGAAACCUCACGUAUGGUUCCUGGUGAAGUGAUGCAGCUCAAGUUUUACACUGAGUAUCAGUGGCUCCUUGACUUUUCACUUUGUUCAGCAAUAGUAUAUGUUAUCACAGAGAUCUUUAUGGCAGUGGCUUCCCCGCAGGCUGAGGUAAAUCUGAGCAUGCUGUGGUGUCUGCUGGCGGUUGGCUUCUCUCUUAAAGUAAUGUUCUCAUUGUCCAUGCUAUAUUUUUGUGGCGAAGACUCUGGUGGAGAAAAGGCUAUGGUUGUCCUUUCGUUCUUUACCUAUCUCCUCAUAGCUCUGGGCAUGCUGAUUCUUGAUGAGAGCAAGCUGGAAUUGGGCUUAGACUUGGCGUACUCAUCGUUUAAUUCGAGUGCUGCAGCUUUCCUCAAAGCACAAGGCCUACCAUCUGAUGGCCCAGCAUCUAAAGUGACAUUCAAGAUAAUUAUUGCGAUGCUCUGUGCAUUAAUUGGUGCCUUCUACACAUUUCCAGGACUUCGACUAGGCAAGAUGCACUGGGAUUCUCUGAGGUACUGCACGGAGAGUAAGGUGCUGAAGCUGCUCUUCCACAUCAGUUUUGUCGCCCCUCUCUUCUUGGUAACAAUGUGGAUCAAGCCCAUUUCCCGGCGGUACUUCACUGAGUACACUUUGCCAGGCCGAGCUCAUCCCCUUAUGAGCUCUGACACGUUCGACAUUCUUCGCAUCGUGUUAAUUCUGGUUGUGGGUGUGGUACGGUUGGGUAUGAUGCCCUAUUACCUUCAAUCUUAUUUAAAUCUCGCAUAUGAGAAGAUCGAGGCUCAAAAGAAGGAAUCUGGCCGCAUCACAAAUAAGGAUCUUCAGAAGAAGAUUGCUCGGGUGUUCUAUUACCUGUGUGUCGUAACACUACAGUACAUUGCACCGAUAAUUCUUUGUCUUUUCCUCUCUCUAAUGUUCAAGACCUUGGGUGGACUCAGUUGGGGAGCACUAAUUGGAAGAGUGGUUGAGCCAGAAGAGUGUGGGUUGGCACCAGAUUCAGAGAAUGAAGACGCGACCACCAUUCCAACUUUGCAAAAUGUUCAGACCGUUAUGGAAGCUACAAAAAUACUUACCCUUGGAAUGGAGGAACUUAAAAAGGUUUUCACCACAGAGUUUUACCGUGGAGUGCUGGGCUUUACAACGUGGUGGUGUGUGUUUUCUUGGUUCCUCUCGGGAACAUUCGGUGUUGCAUACCAGUCAUAUUUCACUAAAGGAUAAAAGACAAUAUGAGUUUUAUAUAUAUGGUAUUGUUUUUUUUAAGAAAAAUGUAAUAUAUAAAGAUUUCCUUUUAGAUGUUGCAUGUUUUGUGUGGCUUCAUUUGCAGUGAAGCCAAUUGUUAACGAUACUUGUGUCUAGUAAAUCAGUCAUAUUCUAUUGAUUGAUGAGGCAGAGAUCUGUAAAUGUAUGUGUAGUAUUUGUAUCCCAUAAUAUGUUGAGAACAUUUUUAAAUGUACACUUGAAUUUGAAUAUAUAUAUUAUAUUUAGAUGUUGGAAGCAUUUAAAGAAAUGUUAUGAUCUGAAUUUUGUUUUAACUGGAAAUAUUGGCAUGCUCAAUAUCUAUCAUCUGCGGAUAUUUUAACUGCUCCCUUAAAGGUUUAAAUAGCAAUCAACCCAAAAAAAUGAUUUAGAAAGUCCUGCAAAUUAGAUUUGAUAUCUUGUAAAGGAUACUACUGCUGUAAGACCUCUAGGCUGUCCUGUCAGUGCAUGUUUUCCCUGACCUGUUCCAGUGCCCUUGUUUACUUGCAUACUUCUCAGGUGAGACUAAUACACUGUCAAGAAAUUUGUAUCUGUUGUUAUUGGUGGGGAAUUGAUUAAGGCUUUGUGAAUGCUUAUUGAGAAUAAAGGCUUAAAGAAAGUAACUAGUAACAUUUGUAUAUUUGGGGAUGUUCUAGACACUGCAAGUUCAGUUUGCUUUUGCACAUUUUUUUUACUUACCAAUAAUACAAACACUUAUUCUGAUAAUGAUACCAAACUUAAUAUGCUUGUAUGUGGUAGCCAAAUAAUCAUGUACGACUCGACAGUGAAAGCAUGUGUUGCUUCUGUCUGCACAACUACAAGUUUAAAGAUAGUCAAGGCUUUGUUUGAGACAAGACUUACGUUCAGCCAGCCCUAAAUCCUCGGAGAGAACCAAGGGCCAUACCGUACGUGUCAUGGUUGUUAAUAAUAUGCGGGAGCCUUGUAGGUAGUGACAUAAGCAGAGUUAGUAUAAAUGAUUGUAAUCUUUCAGAAAAUUCUAAGGCUAUUAGUAAUUUACAUAAGCCAUGUGUUUAAUUUACAGUUUAAUAUUUAGUAUUAUAAGAAUGGGAAAAAUUAUGAAAAUGCAAAGUUUUUAAGUUAUAUAAUAUUGGAAUAAUAACUUUUAUAUAUAAUGUAAUCUGUACUGAUUACAAAAUCUGCACUGAUUUCAGUACAGUAUAACAACAUGACAAACAUUUUUGUACCAAAAGCUUUUGAAUUGCAUUGCAAAAUAUUGUUACUCUGUUUUAUUGGUCAAUUUUGUAAAAUGUUUGAAUAAAAUCAACAGAUUUUUUUUAUAUUGACCAGAAUUCAUUAGGACAGGUAUCAAAGACAACAACAUAGUACAUAGUGCCCAUGAAUAUUAAAAGUACAGUACUAUACUUGCCUAAAGAAUUUCUGCUAUUUUUUAAUUGAAUUAAGACUGUCAUUGAGUAGGAAGAUGUCUAGCAGCGCCAUAAGUGAGACUGCAGUGGGUAAGACAAAUAAAAGUCAACUUAAUGGAAACAGAGGAAAUAUGUGAUGAAACUUUAGAAUGGUCUCGUUUAAUUAUGCUGGUGAAGAAGUAUGGCAUUGGUACCUGCACACACUCUCAGAUACAAUGCAGUAUACAGAGAUUGUACAUAGUGUAUACAAAUUUCUUUAGUUCAGUUGCACCUCACUUGACCACUUGAUCACUCGAGAGUCACAAGGCAAGUGCAGCUUCACUGCAAAGGUGCGUAAAAACAUUGUUAAUAUUUAUUAAUUUUCUUGUAUAUUGUAAAGUAUUUAUUUUUGUUUAUACUUCUAUAGUACAUGUUUAUGUGUGUGUAAAAAUAAUAAUUAAUACACACAUUGUUUCUGAUAGAGAAAAUUUGUUGUGGAAACAGAGACUUACUGCAACGGACUGUCAUCGAGGAGUGGUCGGUCCCACCAGUCCAUACAGGGGUAAAUCCAGUUUAAAUACUAUAUUUGUAAUAUAUUACCAAUAAUAAACCUUGAAUGAUUACAAUUGAUCAAAAUUGGUGCGUGCAGUGUACAUAAGGUCCAUGUUGAUGUAUCCUUUGUUGCUCAUUUAUUUAUUUAAUUAUUUAUCUAUUUAUAUAUAUAUAAGAAGGUACAUUGGGAUUGUGAGGAUACAUAGUAUAGUAAUUACAAUCUUGUAAAGACACUAGUACCGUCAGCGUUUCGGGCAGUUCAUGUGUAUUCUUACUGCUGUAGAGUAUUAUUGCUGCAACAUGUCAUGCAGACAUCUGUGUACUGUUUACAGUAAUGAUUUGAAAUGUGUUGACACAUAAUUUUAUAUUGUUAAGAAUUAUAUUUUAUGUAACAAAAUUAACUGUUUGGAAUGGAGGUUUUUGGUUGUUGUCUAACACAAAAUUUAUAUGUGGUGUAUUCUCAUUGGUAAUAGUUUACUAAUAUGAAAUGAAUGCCUUUUUUCAUGUGUUUGUGCUUCAGUGUCCAUCUGGAGUGCCUGACGUGGGUAUUUGUGGCAUUUGCAUGUUGUGUUAUGCUAAACGUUUGCAGUUUGUGAUAAAGUUUAGUUUAUCUCUGCCAAUAUUGUAUACUUUUUCUUUUAAGAUUUUAUAACUUUUUGUAAAGGAUAAAAUACCCUUUUUAUUAAAUGGAUUAUUUUGAAUCUAUUACUUUCAUAUCAAACAAAAAAUGUAAUAGAAUUGUUAAUUCUCCCUAACUAAUUUCCCUUUAUCUUUCAGCAAGGUAUUUUGGAAACCUAUUUCAUACAAGAUUUGUGCUCAAGAAGCUCAAUGUGAUUGUUGUGACUCAUUUGGGCCGCCUGUAACCAAAAGUCGGUUCCUGUACCCUUGGCUGUUUCCUUGCUGUGUGAUUAAGGAAGUUUAAUGAAUUGGUCUAAUUAAAUUUAAGAUAAUUUAGCCGGCAUAUCAAUCUACUGCUACUGUUUGAGGCUGUGAAUAAGGAGGCGAUGAGUCACAAUAACGUGGCUAAAGUAUUGACUUGAGAACGGUCCAGGGCGGACCGAAACAUCGUCGUCCCUUCACCUUCUAGUGUGUGGUCUGGUCAACUGUGAAUAAGGGUUUAUGUCAGUUAGGCAGUGCAGUAACCAGCUCAGCUGCUAGGGUGAGGCUGUAUGCAACCAACAACCGUUCCAAAGACUUGCUGAACCCAGCAGCAGUAAAUUAGAUGAUAAUAAGAGUAAUAGUGUGUGUGUGUGUGUAAUUACGUAAGUGUACUUACAGGAUAAGAGCUGUGCUCGUGGUCUGUCUUCCCAGCAUCCUGUCAUAUAAUGCUUUGAAACUACUGAUUGUUUUGGCCUCCACUUCACAUGUUCCAACCAUCUAGCACUUUGUGAAAGAGAAUUUUCAUAUAUUUCUUCAGCAGCUUAGUUUAGUUAGCCUAAAUCUAUGACCUCUUGUUCUUGAAGUUCUGGAUCUUGGGAAUUCUUCUCUAUUAAUUUUGUCAAUUCCUGUUGUUGUUUUGUACAUAGUGAUUAUACUGUAUCACCUCUUUAUUUUCUUCUAUUUUCUAAUUUUUGCAUAUUUAGUACCUCUAAUAUCUCCUUGCAGCUCUUGUCUUUCAAUUCCAAAAGCCAUUUAGUUGCAUGUCUUUGCACCUUUUCCAGUUUGUUGGUGUAUGUGUGCAGUUCUUAUUUUAAUGUUAACACGAGAAAUUUUGGUGGAGGUGUUUAUUGACUGAAUUAUUGUAGCCACAGCAUUGUUUAAUAUUUUGUGGUGAGUAAGUGUUGUUGCAGUUUACAGUGUGUGUAAGUGUGGCUGCGACUUGCAUAGCUCCAAGUUUGAAGAAGGUCAUGGGCCAUUCUUUUACCUCUGAAGUAUACAAAUUGAUUAACAUCAUGAGAGAUAAUUUGUUAUUCUUUGAAUAUGAUGAUGUCCACAUCUUUGUUGUAUAGUGCUAGUGAACAGCCCGUCCUCCAAACAAAGAUUCAGAAGUGAUUCCAUGCACCCGCCAAACCCCCUGUUUAUGAAUGAAAAAUGGUUUACACACGACUCACAACUGCUGACGUUUGAGCAUUUCCAGAACUAGUGCUUCACUGAUGAAUUUUGUUCGAAUUACAAUGCUGUAAAUUCUUCAACAUACUACGAAUACAAAUAAUCGCCAACAGAACCUAAACACCUAACCUAACCUAACCUAACCUAUGCCUAUAUAUGCACAAUAUGCUAAUAUAUUAUAAUAUUAAUUUAUAUUUGAGAAAAUUCCCGUUUUGAAUGAACAGCAUGUUAAAAUUUAUGAAUACGUCUGUGGGGUCGACUGGUGGAUGGAAUGGACUUGAGUCGAGGACGGGUUGUAGUGAAAUGAAAACCUCACAUCUUAGUACCGUACAGGUAUAUAUUUGUAUUGACUGUUUAAUACAAACUUGAAUGUAAUAGUAAUGUCUUGCAAAUUAGUAAUUACUUGUAUGUUCAUUAAUCUGCAUAAGAAAUAUUAAUUACAUCUGUUCAACAAGUUACUAAGUGAAUAGUCGCCUCAUGAUAUUCCUUUUGUGCUGCUCUUUACUUUUCUCUUAUGGGGAUAGAACAUGGGAGUAUUAUUUUACUUUGCAACAUUUGUAAUAAAAAGGUAUAUAUUUCCUACAAUUGUAGAAAAUUGUAUAAUAGGGUCUCUACAAUUAUUUAUAUUAUAAUACUCAUCACAGUCUUCCUUUCCUCAUUUGUUGUAAGAUAAUUUCUUGAGUGUGUAAGUACAUACAGCAUGUCCCCACUUGUUUGUUAUUAAAAUCAAGCUGGUGUGCAAAUAUUCAACCAAAUGGAGAAGAUAUACUUCAUCUAACUCAAACUAGUGAAUUCUUAGCUGUCAAUGGGUUCACACAUACAUAACCCACUCACAUGGGAAAAUACAGUUAUCUGCUCAUGCUUAGGACAUAGUUCAUAAAAAAAUAUUGUUAAACAUUUAAUCAAUAUUAGUUCUUGUUUGUUGUUUAAGGGAUAAAUACCCAGUAUAGCUGUUGAGUAUUAUUGUGCUUAUCUAAUGGAUACUUGAGGUAUUAAUUUUCCUCUGAUAAUCCAUACUGGAGAAUAUAACAAAUAGUAUUUAAUAAAUUUCAAGUACAAAUAAUGAUAAAGGAGGAGGCAAAAUCCUCAAUGCUAUAGAUAAAUGUGCAGAAAAGUGAGUUUGUGGUUUGAAACAAUUAUAUAACUAAUAUAUGUUGUGUGAAAUAAAACAGUAAGGCAGAUAGAAAAGUACUCAAGAUGACAAUUUUGUUUGAUUUGGAUUAUUUGAAGAAAUUUGUGAUUAUUUAUUACAUGUCAACAUUUACUUCAAGAGUGUUAAGAUAUUGGCAAGGAAAUAACAAUUAUAUUAAGAUUGUGCAAUAUUUGAAAUGUUAGUUUGUUUUCAUAUUACUAUUAUGCUUUCUUUCCUGCAUUCACAUCAAUUUAUUGGUCUGUAUCAUUCAAUAUUAUACUUCUGCAUUGUACUGACUAACCCAACCAGUUUCAGCCUGAGGCUUAAAGAAUAUAAUUGCACUGCUACCCUUUCAAGAAUGUUCAAAAGCACCGUAAUUCCAUAAUUAUUGCCUUGCAGAACCCGCCAUACAUGUAUAUUCCGUCAUUUUCAAAAAGAUAUUCUCAUAUUUGUUGUACAUGUAGAAAUAUUUAUGUAAUUUGGGAUGAAUUCAUUAGAAACUGUACUGUAAAUAUUUGUGUAUAAAUUUUGUACAUACCUGUAAGAGGAAUGUUCACAUUUAUAAUAAAAGGUAAUGCAA